UUCAACUCGGAACUACUACCACAAUUUGGAGCAAUGAAAAGUAUUGCUGGCUGGGUCUUACCUGCACUGUUGCUGUUUGCCGCAAUACCAGACUCUAAACAGGGAGCUAACGGAGGAAACAAUUGCUUAGUGUGUACCUACAUAGUGGCUCUACUGGAGCAGUUGACUGAGAUAAGGCAGACAUCAGUUAUAGAGACGUUGGAUCAGUUCUGCUCUUACCUCCCCGUGGAUGUCCAGCCAAUGUGUCACACAGCAAUCAAGGCGCUGGGACCGGCGGUCAUAAAGCUAUUAAUUGCUAGGGAGGAUCCAAAUGUGAUCUGCCACGCCCUCAAGAUCUGCUACACGGAGCCAGGACAGCCCGUGUGUCGAGGGCCGGCGCCCCCUGGGUCGUCUGGUGUUAAGGAUCCUGACUUUAAAGCAAAAGUUCUGGCAGCAAGACUUUCUCUCUCCCCAGCAAUUGGCCAGUUGAGUCACCUGAACGUGUUGACCUUCUGCCAGAUCCCAGGUGUCAGAGAACUGUGUUACUGGAUACACAGGUUUUCUGACCAGCAUGAGCCGGUCAAGGACGAUGACCAAGACGGAUUUAGCACCAUGUUUGGAAUGAGAGGCACAGCCUGGAGAGGCAAGGACUGCUCAGACCAGGCACCGGACAUUCACCCUGGGGCCAUUCCACAGAACGGUGACAGGGAAGUUGACUCGAAUUGCAAUGGAAUUUUCGGAGUGAACAACCUGACCCAACAAAACUACGAAGACGAACUGUGUGGCUCAUCUCAGCCCAGGGGAGUUGUCGUUCUUGGGGAUUCUAUCAGCGCCCACUUCCACUUGCCCAGACAGUGGUUUGAUGCUACACUCAUUUCUAAGGAUUCAUUUAAAAACUUGCUGACGAUUUUGGAAAAUGAAUUUGAUUGGCCGUCCAUGUCCACAAUGACAGGUUAUGGGGAGAACCUCUGGCCCGAGGCAAUUACAGGUGCAGUAGAUUCUAUCUACAAGAGGCUAAGAGAAAGGAACCGUUGUAAUCACAGAGACUACCAGAACUUGGCAGCAAAUGGUGUCAGCUCAUGGAAAGUCAUGAAAGCUGCGAAAACGCUGUCUAGACAUGCAGGAAAGGACCAGCCUUUGCUUGUCUAUUUUGCCUUGGCUGGAAACGACGUCUGUACCAGCCGUUGGAAUUCUGUGGAUGAUAUGACGUCACCAGAAGAGAUGUACAACAACACAAUGGCGACACUAGAUCUCCUGGGGCAGACUCUCCCAAACAACAGUCACGUGAUACUGGUGAGCCUAUUGGACGGGGGCGUCAUCUACGACAUCAUGGCGACCAGAGUACAUCCGGCGACAACAUACUGGGGCACGUUCACAUACGGGGAUCUAUACCAGUAUUACGAAUGUUUACAGAUGACAUUGUGUGUCGGGUGGUUGAACGCCAACAAAACGAUACGGGAUAUGACGAGCAAGAGAGCCGAACAACUCACCGCUGUUCUCCAAAAAAUAGUGCAGGUCCACAAGGGACGCUACCCCAACUUUCAGAUGCAUUUCCUGGAGUUCAAUCAUCACGAAGUGUUGAAAAAGUGGCUGGACAGUGGGAGAGAAGCGUGGGAAAUGAUGGACGCCAUUGACUCUUUUCACACUAGCCAGGACUUCCAGGCCUUCAGUGCUGAGCACAUCUGGAACCAGACGCUGGCCAGUUUCCCACAGGCACUGGGGCCAGUCAACCCACACAACGAUAGGAUAGUCCAGUUGUUUGGUCAGCAAGGUGGACAUUAGCAGUGGACAUUAGCCGUGGACAUGAGGAGUGGACAUGAGCAGUGGACAUUAGCCGUGGACAUGAGGAGUGGACAUGAGCAGUGGACAUGAGCAGUGGA